ACCCGGAAAAAUGUCUCGCAAGGAAGCUUUGUCACAAUUUAUCAAUCAAAUCCAUGGAAGACCUGUUGUGGUCAAGUUGAACAGUGGUGUUGAUUACAGAGGCGUUCUAGCAUGUCUGGAUGGCUACAUGAACAUUGCCCUCGAUCAAACUGAAGAAUAUGUCAAUGGCCAACUUAAAAAUAAAUACGGUGACGCCUUCAUAAGAGGCAACAACGUUUUGUAUAUAUCCACACAAAAGAGAAGAGUAUAACACU